AUGCGCAAACAAAUCAGUUUAUUGCCUGUAUUCAGUGCUUCUGUUUUAGUUGAGAUGAUGGAACCUGACGGGUCUUCAACAAUUUCGGUGAUGAGUGGAGAAGGAGAAUCUUUGUCAGCUCAAUUGGCUCAUGAGGUUAUGGCUAUUCAGGCUGACUUACUGAAGAAUGAAAUUUCAGACCCAUCCUUAAUGUCUUCAUCCCUUUCACAAAGCUCUAGCUCAGAGCUUGAGAAAGAUAGCAAAGUUUCUGAAAGGGAAUACAUGGCUACUCCUGUUUUUCAUGGGCUUUUCUUUCUGCCCUGCAGCUAUACAGUCAGUGGAGUAGGUGUCAGUUCUGAUAAAAGUCAAGAACAACGUGCCCUUCUUGUGGAAUCUAAAAGACAGGAGGUAAUAUCCUUAGAUAAUGAGAUUUCCUUCAAUGAGGCUAUCAUCGAGGAAAGAGAACAAGGUAUUCAAGAAGUCCAGCAGCAGAUUGGGGAAGUAAAUGAGAUCUUCAAAGAUCUUGCCGUGCUUGUUCAUGAGCAAGGAGCAAUGAUUGAUGAUAUUGGAUCCAACAUUGAGCAUUCCCAUGAAGCCACUGCCCAAGCAAAAUCAGAACUUGUGAAAGCUUCUAAGACACAACGAUCAAGUUCAUCUUUGGCUAUCAAAACUCUCCGGCGGUGUUGCUGUUUUCAAACUGCAAAUGCUGGUUUUGAUGGUUCUUUAAUUUACAGCAAAUGGUUGGAACAAGAUAAUCUUAAUUUGGGUUUCGAUGCUGCUAAAGUAAAAAGAAGGUUGUUUAACUAUGGUGCUUAUUCUGCUAAAACAGGAACUUAUGUUGAUAUGGUGAAGGCUGGGAUUAUAGAUCCUGUUAAAGUUGUUAGAACAGCUUGUUGGUGUAAGCCCUAG